GCAGGCCUGAUGCUGAGCUCUCACCAUGUCUCAGGCGGAAUUUGAGAAAGCCGCUGCUAUGGUCAGGGAAAUGAAGGUUCCAAUCUCCGAGCAAGAAAAACUGGAGAUUUACAGUCUCUACAAACAAGCCACCAUCGGGGACAUCAACAUCCCCUGCCCUUGUGCAACCGAUGUAACAGGCAAAGCCAAAUGGGAGGCCUGGAAUGGACGCAAAGGGAUGAGCAAGGCCGAUGCCAUGAAGAAUUACAUAGCAAAAGCAGAAGAGCUGAAAAAAAAGUAUGGAGCGUAAAAUUAAGCGUUCAUAGAUAUCAGGCAGCCACGUGCCAUUAGCAGGGCUUUUGCCCCAACA